GAUGGAGACUCUGUCCCCCCGUCCCCCUCAAAAAAAGAAAAGAAAACUAGGCCUGCAGGUGCCCAUCAGGAAGGGAUAAGGAGCCACAGCUGUGUUGUCUGUGAUGCAGGCCAUCCAGCCAUGCCCAGAGUCCCCUGGCUGAGCCCUGAGGCCCCCUUGACUGGCAUUUGUUACUAUAGAGACCCAGGCUGGCCUGAGGGCUGGCCAGUGACAGCAGGCCCUGGCUCCAUGGAUAGAAACCAGGUACUUGGGCUUAGAGGCCUUGACCGGCUCCCACUGUCCCCAUGGCCAGUGAGUCCCAACAUCAUAAAAUGGAGCCCUCACCCGCCUUCUGCCCCCAGCUGACACCCCUAUCCUGGAACCCAAGGCCUGAGCUGUGCCCUCCAAGUGUCUGUGCUCUCUUUAACGCCCUGCCUGGGGGCUGGGAGCUGGUGAGGAUGUGGAGAUGAGGUUGAAGGUUUCCCAGGGAAGGAGCCAGAGCUGCCGGAAGAGGCAGAGUGUAACCCAGGCUGUAGAUGACAGGAAGAACGUGGAAUGGAAGUGGCCGAAAGGAUCCACAGGGGGAAAGCAGAGAGGUGGGCACGUGGUCAGCUGGCGCCUUGUCCCAGCCGUGCCACCAGCUAGCUGUGAGGCUCUGGGAGAGUCCGUUGCCCUCUCUGGCUCUCAUCCGAGGAAUGAGGAGGUUGGAACAAAUGAUGAAUCCCUAAGACCACUUCUAGCUUUGACAUUCUUUGAGUUUCAUUCCAGAACCCUGGACUCACCCAAGUAAGCAAGGCCAGGGCUCACACAGUCCUCCCCACACCACCUCAGGCUCACCCACUCCCGGGCUGGGUCCCUGAGGAACAGCCUGUGGAGAGGUGAGCUCGGAGCUGCCUGCACUGGUCCAUGCAUGGGGGCAGGGGUGGCAGACCACUUUGUGGAUUGAUGGAGCUCAGGGAGGUGAGAAGGAACCCACAGGUGAGAGUUUCGCCCUCCCAGCCAUCUCUUUAGGUAAAUAAAUUCACAUCCGCCACUUCCCCUUCCCUUGCCACCCUGGGGGCACUGAGAACUCCAGGGAGCCCAGAGCUCAGACCUGAGCUCUGCUUGCUCACACUGGCUCUUCCCUCGGACCCCCAAGCCCUCCCAUCUUCUACAGCCGCAGUCAUCCACUUUUCCGUAGGGACGGAAUAGCAUGAAGCUCUGUGGUCACCAGUCUCCAGGACCUCGGAUCCCACCUUUAAUCCUGAACACGCAGGAAGGCUUCUGUGUCCCUACAGUGAAGCAGGUUUGAGGCUGGACCUGGAGGUCCAGAAAAAGCGUGGGCUUUUCUGUUCUGGCUCUUCUGUUCACUAGCUGGGUCAUUCUGAGCAAAUUACCUACCUGUGUGCCUCAGUUUCCUCAUCUGCAAAAUGGGCUAGUCACUGGCAUGGUACUGAGCUGUGUGGGACUGAAGGUCAUAGGAAGAGGCUGGUAGGCACUUCAUUUCAGGGACACAGGACACAGGGAGGGGACGCUGAGCUGCUCCUAGCUCAGAGAGGCUCCAGGGACAGGCAUGAGAAGGAACAGGAUGUGGAAUGGUGAGUGGACCUGGGUCUCAGAACACAGACAUCUUGAAGUCUGCUGUGUGAUGAUUUCACACUUGACCCCCCAACAUCCUGAGGCAUUGCUGUCCUCAUUUCUCAGAUGGCACUACAGAGGCCCAGGGAAAAGGGGCGUAGGCCAGGACACCCAGCUCUUCUCCCAGUAUCCGUCUCAGGCCAGCUUUUCCAACUCUCAAUUGGGAUUCUUCCUAGACCUCCAACUGUACCUGCCAAUCCACUUCUGACCCCCAACCUGUUGUGCCCACUAUUUGCUGCUGGUCAGGGCAGCCUUAACCCCUCCUUCCCCACAAUCAGCUGCUCCAAGCCAAGCCCACCCCUGCCCCCUGGAGGGAGGCUCCUCCUUUUAAGGCUGCUUCUGGGAAUUUCCACUCCAGACCCAGAGCCAGAGACCCCAGCCCCGCUUGACACCUGCAGCUCACCCUUAGGGAGGUGGGGCACCAGACCUUAGGGUAGGAGACUGCAGCCCCAGAGAGGGGAGGAGGGGCUCCCCCUCCCUUGCCUGCCACACAUUGAGCUUGCCUGCAUCAAGUUUGGCCAGUCUGUGAGGGUCAGGAAUAGAGCAGGAGACCUCCUUCAAGAGGUGCCCACUGCUCCAUCCCUGCACCGGGUGGCCCAGGAGAGAGGGGCAGCCCAGAGGGCACAGCACACACAACCCCACCCGCAUCUGCUUUGCAGCCUCACUGGCCAGGAAGGUGGACACCUCAUACCUCAGUCUCCCAAUUACGCCCUCCUCCUCCCCCUCCUCCUCCCUCUUCUCUCUCCUCCUCCUCCCCUUUCUCUUCUCCUCGCCCCCCUGAAAACCUGUGGCUUGGAGAGACCUUGGCUUCUCUGGGACUCUACUCCUGGGGACUGCCCACAUCUGCUCCUGAGCUUGGGGGCAGGGGGGCAACCGCCUGAAGAACCUCUCCAGCGAUGGGAGCCGCCCGCCUGCUGCCCAACCUCACUCUGUGCUUCCAGCUGCUGAUUCUCUGCUGUCAAACUCAGUACGUGAGGGACCAGGGUGCCAUGACCGACCAGCUGAGCAGGCGGCAGAUCCGCGAGUACCAGCUCUACAGCCGGACCAGCGGCAAGCACGUGCAGGUCACCGGGCGUCGCAUCUCCGCCACCGCUGAGGACGGCAACAAGUUUGCCAAGCUCAUAGUGGAGACCGACACGUUUGGCAGCCGGGUUCGCAUCAAAGGGGCUGAGAGCGAGAAGUACAUCUGUAUGAACAAGAGGGGCAAGCUCAUCGGGAAGCCCAGCGGGAAGAGCAAAGACUGCGUGUUCACGGAGAUCGUGCUAGAGAACAACUACACGGCCUUCCAGAACGCCCGGCACGAGGGCUGGUUCAUGGCCUUCACGCGGCAGGGGCGGCCCCGCCAGGCCUCCCGCAGCCGCCAAAACCAACGCGAGGCCCACUUCAUCAAGCGCCUCUACCAGGGCCAGCUGCCCUUCCCCAACCACGCUGACAAGCAGAAGCAGUUCGAGUUUGUGGGCUCCGCCCCCACGCGCCGGACCAAGCGCACGCGGCGGCCCCAGCCCCUCACGUAGUCAGGAAGGCAGGGGGCAACACCCCUUGGCCGCUUCCCCAUCCCCUUCCCUUCUUAAUUCCAAGGACUGGGCUGGGUGGCGGGAGGGCCGCGAAGCAGCCAGCUCCCUUCCCCCCCCCCCCCGCUGGGAAGGGGCAGGCCGGUGCCCCAGGGGCGGCUGGCACAGUGGCCCGGGUGGCAGGCCCUGGAGAGGAACUGAGUGUCACCCUGGUCUCAGCCGCCAGCCUCCGCCGGCCUCCCAGCCGGGCUCCUGAAAGGCCGGGUCCUCGAGACCUUGCAGACACCGUCUGGAGGUGGCUGUCCUCAAAAUCUGCUCCCGGGUCUCCCUCAGUCUGCCCCCAGCCCCCAAACUCCUCCUGGCCGGACUGUAGGAAGGGACUUUUGUUUGUUUCAGGAAAAAAGAAAGAGGGGGAGAGAAAGAGAGAGAAUAGAUGGUUGGCCACUCCUCACAUUCCACGACCCAGGCCUGCACCCCACCCCCAACUCCCAUCCUCAGAAUAAAACCAUUUUCCUGCAAA